CAAAUAUGAACUAUUUCCGGUGAAGCCCUCGAUCAUAGCAAUAGUAUUGGUGUGACUUUCGAUAAUCCGGUUCCCCUACUUUUGACUUUUCGUUCAACUCUUCCUUCGGCAUCGAUUCAAUGAAAAAUCAGUCAACCUGACAUUGACUGUCAAUGUCAAAAAUUUACGUAAUUCAUCAUUAAAACACCGACAGGAUAGAUCUGCCCGAUACAGGCUGUCCACGUCAUAGUAUAUUUGGUUGAUUAUUAAACAGAUAACUUAUAGGUCACCUUGGUAACCAAGACUGAGAGUGAAAACUUUUCUUUGAACUGAAGAAUUUAGUAAUAAGGUGACCAGUCCAGUGUAAUUGCAGCCAGCUGUUAUACCAUCCCAGGUGAAUGGAUUAGAACAUCUUGGACUUAAAAAGCUCAGGCACUACAGUUUGUGUAUAGGCUAGGCUAGGCUAGCAGUUGCUGUACCAGUUAUUUGGUAUUCUUAAUGAAUACCCAUUCCUUGUGCCACAAUAAAAGACAUUUCCACAUAUUAAAGACUAGAAAAUGGUGUAUCAUUUAUUAUCUGCCAUGGCUCUUACUAGGUCAGUUGUUAGAAGGAGCCUUAUUAAUACCGUAGUGAGAGGUUAUUCUGAGCAAGUUGGCAAAAAUGUACCAAGCACCAAGCAUUUAAAUGCAUCUCUAGCAGCUGCUGAACCUUUCCUAAGUGGUACCUCUUCAAUCUAUGUUGAAGAAAUGUAUUCACAAUGGCAGAAAGAUCCUACUAGUGUUCACAAG